AGAAGGUCAUGGCUCAUGGGACUCUGUCCAGCGCGUUUACACCGCCUGCCUGAGUAGGCUACGGAGGAGGAAAACAACAAUUUUGCUGGAACUUUCUUGGCAAACUCCCUCUGCCAUGUAUUCAGUGAAGAUGAAAGGUCAGUUGAAACUUCCUGGAGAUUUCGUGACUGCGUCACUUUUAGUGCUUAGGUACUGGGUCCUUCUUUGCAAGGGCUGUUCUUCGCAGUUCUCUGUGAGGAGAUGGCAACUUUGAGUGGUGUGGGUCAAGUGGCCACCGUUGCGCAGCUAGCAGGGAUAGAUGCAUAUGGGCUGAUCAAGAUGAUUGUGGAGGCAGUGCAGACGGUCAAGAGGAACAAAGAGACCUGCCAGAAGCUCGCGAGGCGUGUGAAGAUGAUAGGUGACCUGCUGCAGGAGCUUCAUGAGGCACAACUGAUGCAACACCGAGAUACGAGGAACCCAGUGGAGCAGCUGGAGGAGACACUUUGGCGAGCAUUUAUGCUCAUCACAACCUGCCAGGACAGCAGCUUCAUGUAUCAUUGCUUUACUGGAGGUAAUCAGGCUUGCCAGUUACAGGAGGUGGAGAAUGAUAUCGCCUUCUACCUCCAGAUAUUCCCCCUCGUGAGCCAUGUAGAUACUUCCCGUACUUUCGUCCGGGAUUUGAGCAGACGUCAACCUUCACAUACAGAGGAGUAUGCCAAGGAGGCGCAGAUACUAAAAGACGAUUCAGGCCAUGCAACUUCACCAAAGUUUAAAGCUACAUCUGAGGCAGUUGAAUCAAGACUCCAGGAAGUAAAUCAGAAUUCGGCAAAUAAUAAAGAAAAGUUAACAGGGAACCAUUUCUCCAAUGGACCACAAAAAAGGAAGGCUGAACGAAUAGCUGUGGACAAGGACAUACUUGUAAACCUAUUACGUGCUGAGAGAUGUUCAAGAUUGUUGCUGUUUAAUCUUUCUCAGGUCGUAAAGUUUACAGAAAAUUUCAAAUGGGAUAACGUGGUUGGACGUGGUGCUUUUGGUUAUGUUUACAAGGGAAAACUGCCUAGUGGAACUGAGAUUGCGGUCAAAAGAUUUGCAGCAUCAUCAACUCAAGGUUUAGAAGAAUUCACUGCUGAGAUUGAAACAAUUGCAAAUCUUCAACAUAGAAAUGUAAUUAGGCUACUUGGGUUUUGCAUUCAAAGAGAAAAGGGCUUUCUUGGAUUUCAUAUUCAGCAAGAAGAGAUGAUUCUUGUCUACGAAUACAUGCCAAACAAGAGCCUGGCUUCUUUUCUCUACAGCUAUACAAAGACAAGAGAAUCACUUAAUUGGUCUAAGCGCCUCCGUAUAAUUGAAGGGAUAGCUCAGGGUCUUGUUUACCUGCAUGAUCUAUCUCAUCAAUGUGUUGUCCACAUGGAUUUGAAAGCAAAUAAUAUAUUGUUAGAUUAUGACAUGAACCCUAAGAUUUCUGAUUUUGGGAUGGCUAGAAUAUUGCCUUCUAGUGGGACUGAAGAGACCUCAGAUACUGUUAAGGGCACAAAUGGUUAUAUGGAUCCUGAAUAUAUCAGGUAUGGGAAAUUCUCAGUGAAGUCUGAUGUUUAUAGCUUCGGCAUCCUGAUCCUUGAGAUCGUAAGUCGAAAGAGGCGCAUUUCGUUAUCACCCAAUGGAGAUAUGAUGAAUCUACCAACACAUGCCUGGGAUCUGUGGAAAGCAGGAAAGUCCCACGAGCUUCUUGACCUAUCACCACUAUGUAAUGAACCACAAACAGCUCAGAUCAUCAAAUGCAUUCACGUGGCACUACUGUGUAUCCAAGACUGUCCGAUGCACCGGCCUACCAUGUCGGAUGUUCUUCUGAUGCUACGCACCGAGAGCAUAAGCUUGCCUACACCUAGCGUACCAUCAAGCUGGAGUGUCGACCCUUGAGAGUUGAGAGGCUCUGGGAGGUGAACUUGGCACUACAAGCGUGUUCAAGAGAUUAUCAGCUUGGUUGAGACUACAUUAUAGUGCAGAGGGGUGCAGUCCUAUUAGUUAGCAUGUUCAUGCUGAUAAAUUCUGCACAUAUUUUCAGGACUACCUGUUAUAUUAUUGACCGCCUACUAGCCGAACAAUUGAUCCAUAAUCCUUUUGUGUUAGUA